CCGGCCCUCUACACCGACCUCCCCAUGCUCUUCCGCGCCGCCGCCUCUUCCAGGACUAUCCGCACCACCGUAAUCGCCAUCUUCUGCCGGCGGAAGACCACCUCUGCACAGUACGUAGCUGCCCGCCACCGCGAUCCCACCUUGGAGAAGCUAAUGGACGGGUACAAACACUUAAUCUCUGUCCUGUUCCUCCAGGACCUGAUCCUAUCCUCCCCCGACCUCUCCAUCCCCCUCCCUUUCCUGUCCUCUCCAGAAGCCUCCCGCCACCUCCGCCUCCGCCGCGGUCCGGCCCACUUCGUCCGCUCCUUCCCCGCGGUUUUCUCCCUUCGUCCCCACCCCACCGCCUCCCUACCCGCCCUCGUCUACCUCACUCCUGCCGCCUCCCGCCUAUCGGAGCACGUUACUUGCGCCGAUCCAUUCGCCCUCGAGCGCAUCACUCGCCUCCUCUCUCUUUCUAGCUCCCGCUCUUUCCCCCUCCGCGCCCUCAUCCGCGUCCGGCAUGAACUCGGUCUCCCGCAGGAUUUUGAAGAUUCCGUCAUUGCCAGCAAUCCCUUGCUUUUCUCCCUCUCAACAAACCCUCGCGAGGCCGGCACCCACAUUGUCUCUCUCGCCAACCCCGCCCCAACGGUCGUCCCCGCCGUUGACGCCUGGCGCCUUCGCCGUUUAGAAGAUCUCAAUCAGAACGAUUCAGAAUCCGCUGGCGAAGAUGCAGAGAUCCGUUUUGGAUUCAAGCAGACCUUCCCACCGGGCAUGAGGCUGACAAAGGGCUUCCGAUCCCGCCUCAAAGAGUGGCAACGCCUACCCUACCCUCGCCCAUACGAACCCCUCCCUUCGGCCGGUGGCAGCCUUGGCCGGAGGAGAGCUUUAGAGAAACGAGCUGUGGCGAUUGCCCAUGAGUUCCUCAGCUUGACGGUGGAGAAGAUGGUGGAGGUGGAGAAGUUUAGCCAUUUCAGGAAAUCCUUCGGCAUCGAUUUAAAUAUCCGCGAUCUCCUCCUGGAUCACCCUGGUAUGUUCUAUUUAUCCACCAAGGGAAGAAGGCACACAGUCUUCCUUCGGGAAGCCUAUGAUCGUGGCUGCCUCAUCGAAUCCAAUCCCAUCUACGAGGCAAGAAGGAAGCUACUUCACCUUGUACAAAUGCGUAAGAGAGGAGCCGCGUUUGCCGAUUCUGGAGUACCGGAGCUGGUCAAUGUAUGUCACCGCCCCGCCAAAGCGCCUGAAUCCCUGAUUAACUGAGAUGCUACUGCCUUCUUCUGCCAAUCGCCCCUCCGGCCCUGUAGUCCCAAAGUCUUACUGUAGACUGGAGAAGCGCUAUGCUUGAACAGAAACUGAGUUCUGAUUUCGCCUGACCUGAAUCAUUUACCUUGAUAAGUAACAAUUUUCACAAUAAAGAUAGAAAACCAUAGCAGAAAACUAAUGAACUCCAACCAGCGACA